AUGUCACUGUUCCUGAACAUGAGUCGGGGCCCGCUAAGGUGGUAUCUGUUAGCAUCUACUCCGGAUGUUGCCAAUGAGGCCCCCGGUAAGAAUACCUCUUUGGGUUCUCGCGUUCACAAUCAGGGCCAGGGCCAGGUUCAGGGUGAGACCAAAAAGAGGAGAGGAAAGGGUAAGGCAAAUGCCGACUCCAACGACUUAGUAAAGGCACUGAAUGCCGCAAAGGUCGCUGAUUCCGCGCGUCCUGUGAAGGUUUCUACUAAGUCACCGGCUGCGCCUGUUCCUGACUCUGGCUCCGAUUCUGAAGACGAAGAUUCGGAGUAA